UUGAUUCACCCAAACGCAACUCUUCCUUCCUUUCUUCUUCGUCUGUGAGAAAAAGAAAGAAAGAAAGAAAGAUGGUGAAAGGUGACAUAGAAACUGGUAACCCUGACCAGUUGUAUCCGGGGAUGAUGGAGUCACCGCAGAUGCGCUGGGCUUUUAUAGGAAAAGUUUACUCCAUUUUAUCCAUACAGUUCUUUUUGACUGCUGUGGUUGCUGCGCUUGUCGUUUUUGUCAAAGCCAUCCCCAACUUCAUCGUCAACAGCGGGACGCCUGGCCAUGCCGUCUAUGUUGUCAUCAUUAUUCUUCCCUUCCUGCUGUUGUGCCCUUUGUACAUUUUACACAAGCAUCAUCCAUGGAAUUUUAUUUUUCUCAUGCUGUUUACAGUAACCAUUGCCUUUGCUGUGGGACUUUCUUGCGCCUUUACGGAAGGGAGAAUUGUUUUGGAAGCUGCAAUUUUGACAAGCGUUGUGGUUGUUGGCCUCACUGCCUACACUUUCUGGGCUGUGAAAAGAGGCAAGGAUUUCAGCUUUCUGGGACCCUUUCUGUUUGCUUCCCUGCUGGUGCUUUUUGUUUUCUCAUUCAUCCAGAUCUUGUUCCCUCUUGGAAAGCUAUCACAUGCAAUAUAUGGGGGCGUGUCAGCGAUCAUAUUCUGUGGCUUCAUCGUCUAUGACACAGACAACCUGAUCAAGCGUUACACCUAUGACGAAUAUAUCAUUGCUUCUGUGGCUAUUUAUCUUGAUGUUAUCAACCUCUUCCUUUCCCUCCUUACGUUAUUUACAAAUACAGACUGAUGACAACCUGAUCGUCACAACUAUAUGAAUUUGCCAUGGCUGCUUAAAGCACCUUCAUUGCGCAGUCCUUGUACAAUUCUUCCAUAUGUACCUUCUGAACUUUUAUAAUGCUGACACCCAAUGUUGAUCUUAAGAACAAGUACACAUGGCUAAGUCCGCAAUUUUUCACUGGUUGGUUCAGAUUUAGAUAUUAACUCAAGAAAAGUGAUUCUAUGUUCUUCCGAUUCUA